AUGGUCAUCACAACGACGAUAGGAGGGGAGCGAACAACUUACAAAACGACAGCCAUUGAAGUGGAAACGCCAACAGCUCCUACAGCUCUACCAACAGUAAACGCGGGUGACAACAACGACCAGGCAGUUUUGAAGUACUUUCCUUCUACAGUACCUAAAGAGAGUCCGAUAUCAUCAUCUGACAAGGACAAUAAUAAUGACGACAAGGGAGGUUUAUCAACCAGCGCCCUAGCCGGCAUUAUUGCUGGUUCUGUGGCGUUUCUGAUAAUCGUUUUGGUGGCGGCAUUUAUCAUUAUCCGUCAUUUGAACAAGGUCGUUGCUGCAGUUGGCACGUCAAAAGUAUCCGAGUCUCAUGGCUCUAACACUCAAUCGAGACCCACGAGGGAGUUCAAGACAGCGGAUUCAGAGGUUGACGAACUGAGUGCCGACCCUUUAAUUCAUCCGUCAUUAAUACCUCCACGACCAAGAAACCCUGGGCCUGAUUCAGCAGCUACUUCGCCAUUCGGUCUCGCAAGCACGGAUCAUAGUUCGAAUGAACCUACGCCUGGUGUUAACGGAUAUCACGCGGUAUCGACGAGUCCCAAUACAAGCAGACAUGCCAGCUUUGACGCAAUGGGUAAUCUUGACGACUACUUCACCGCUGUCACAGGGAGUGACCAACAAAGAAUGAGCCAGGUCUCAAGAUUUACUGGUUCAACGAGAAACCGGACGAGUACAGACUCACACGGAACAUAUACCCAUGUUCGAAAUUACAGCAAUGCUUCUGAGGGAUCCGAUGGUACCCCUGGGGUAAUGGUAGGCUCGCAGCCCACAGCAGAGCUCGAAGCCACGCCAUAUGUGCCGGAAUUACCGAGCUCCCCGUCAUCGGUGGUGUUUCCGCGAGAUGAGAGACGGCGUUCUUCUGGCAGUGUUGCCAGUAUCCCGAGUCGACCGCCUGUUACUCAACGAAAUUCCGCUGGCCCACGUAUACGAAGUGAUUCUUUGGGUCAGAGUCAUCUCAGCAGUGUUACUGAAGAGAUGCACGGAUUUUACGGGCCGAGUGAGCAUCUCGUGGGCCAAACUGAUACGCAUCGUCCGGGCACGAGAGGCUCGAACAAUCAACAACAAAAUCCCCCUAGAGAGCACCCUCGGCCAGUGGACGAAGAGCCGUGA